CGAGCGUCCACGGAAGAUCGCACGUUCUCAGUUUCACAAACCAGUGAUUUCUCAAGUUCAACCUAUAAGUAGCCGAGUAGACUCAGAACCGGUGAGAGACGCCGUAAAACGUGCUAAUUCGGGUUCUUCCACCACCUGCUGCAGUUAGUACUGAACCAUUGAAUCAAUCAAUAGUCCAGUCCCAUUUGUAAUGCUCUAAACCGUUUAGCGGCGCCUUCUUUUGAACCUCACUCUUUACAUUUCCAACCACGACAGCAUGCGUCGCAUAGCCUCUGUCUUCGUUGCGAGACGUGCCGACAAGCCUGACGCACCGUCGACUAUGUCGUCUAACGACGUCGACCCUCUCCCACAAGAAGCGACGAAGCGGAAAGCUCGAAUGUUCAAUUCGCUUUCUCGAAAAGUGGUCACCCAAUCGUUGCCACAGCUCUUCGCUAGCGGUUCUUCUUCCUCUGCAUCCUCCGCCUCUGCAGACCUCCGCACUCCUGACGACGAAGAGCUACCACGCAUACGCCAGAAAAGUAGCUGGAGAUCGUGGUUAGGGGCAAAAAACGAAGGAGAUGUGAAAGCAGCUUGGCUGCCGCCUUUCCCGACCUCAGGAAUCGCAUUACGUCCUCCACCGACACCGACUUCGAACGAGACGGAUGAUGCGUCAUCUGAAUCUGAAGAUGAAACAGAUCAUCUUCAGGAUCCUCCCAUCCAGAAUUUCACCCCAUCUAUUACCCAGGCACGAAAUAGUAUGCGAGUAAUCAUUCUCAACAGCUCUAUUGACAGUGAUCGUCCUUCUUGCCCUCCUCUUUUGGAUAUUCCCCACAACACACCGUUUCCUCGCUCCUGUCUCCGUGUGGGACAUAUCCAUCGCCGAGACACUAUGGAGUCCAAGAUGCACAAAACAACACUCUUGCGCACGUUGGAGUCCCUUUCCCCCGCGGAAGAACGCAGUAUAGCACCCCUUGGCAGACGGCCCGUGACUCUCUUGAAAGAAGCUCCGGUGAACAUGGCCGAUGUUGACACAUGGCCUAAGGCACAGUUCUUAAGGAGAAAUAGCGAAGGUCUCGGCAAUUGGGCGGCUCGUCCUUGUUACGAAGACCGAGUUCUUGUCUGGACUCGCCAGGAACCCUCCGGUCAAAUCGUCACCUCCGGUAUAUCUGGGUCACAGUUUGGUGUCGCGGCUCUCGAAUUUUCAGAGCCGCUACAAAUACUGGCAGGCUUGCUGGAUGACUUCGAUCCGUUUGCAGAACCUCAGCCUGAACCGUCACUACCUAACUCUGGGACUGCCGCAGUCGCAUUGCCAUCGACGGAACAACUCUCUGCCUCCGUUGUCAUCGCCGAAUUUGAAUUUUCGCCCCUCACGCUUGCAGUUGACUCACCAGCCGAGUCUAAAAAAGAAACUAGCAAUCUCAAAGCAGAAGAGCCUAACCCCGCACCCGUUGUCAAACGAGGUGUCAGGUUUGCGGAAGAUGGAAAGGACGACCAAAUUCCCCUGGGCUAUGUUCUACGUAUCAAGAAAAAACGCGAGGAGAAAGCGAGGUUUCUUCGCGAAGAGCGUGAGAAGCGAGAAUUGGAAGAGGGACGGCGCGCGCGGGAAGACAAGCGCAUGCGUGAGGAACAACGCCGGUUGUGGGAAGCAGAGAAGAGAGAGCAAGAACAGGAGCGCAAGGCUCGGGAAGUCCAGAAAAAGAAACUAGAGGAAGAAAGACGACAGCAAAAUUACGCCUCGGAGUUGCAGGCUUCACGAGCCCGCCGUGACGCCUCUAGAGCUGGACAUAUCUCCUCCUCAUCCUCCCUGGUUCGGGACAUAGAACGUGACAGAUCUGCAUCCCGAGACGCUCACCCGGCUGGGUUAUCGUCCCCCCGCCAACGGACGCUAGAUCUCAUGGUAUCUCCUGCGAAUCUCUCGCCUUACGAUGGUUCUCCUGCUAGCUCGAUGCCAGCUACCCCAGGGAGCCAGCGUAGCUUCUCAAGGCCUCCGUCCGUCUACUCAACUCACACCACAUCAUCAGAUGAUGCACGAGCUCGGGAUGGUCGACGCAUUAGCAAACGAACCUCUGCUGCGUUUGAUCCUUCAAAACAAUACCCGUUGCCGUCACUGAAUCCUCGCGCGUCACUUCUGCCAUACAAUCCUUGGGCCAACGUGCCGGUUCCGCCUUUUGUCAUUCCACCAGUUCCGCCGCUUCCCGUCGCUCCCAUGAUGGCCAUGCCAUUCUAUUCCUUGGACCCCUUACUUCCCCCUUCCCCUCCUUUCAUGAUGAACCAGUUUGGCAUGAUGAAUCAGUUUGGAAUGCAACCAUACUCGGCCAACUCUUCUCAGGGUCAAGUUUCCUCGUCUUCACGACACAACAGCGUUUCAAAUCACAGCGCAGAGGGUGUACGUCACACAUCUCGCCCUGCUCCUAAUUCUGCCGGACACUUUCCCAACCACCAGCGGCGUGCCAGCGAUGAAGCACGCGUGCACUCGAGUAAUAGUAAUGCCGCAGCUGAUCGGAAGUACGGAAGCCAAACAGACCUGCGGGACAAAAGAUCUUCUCAAGCUGUACAUUCUUCCCGCAGCAGUGGUCUUCAUCGUUCCCAUCAACCCCCUACUUUGGUCCACUCCCACACCACACCUGGAAGGCCAGUUCCGACGUCCCAAACCCGCUCGACACCAAGUCGGCGUCAAAGUGUAUACCCAUAGUAUGUGCAAGAACUUUUGAUCACGGACUCUUAAUUCUGCGUCAGGACCCUAUCUUUGGUGCUCACGCUCAUUUUACUACUGCAUUCACCCCCAUCUUAUACAUCGGAAAUCACACAUCACAGUUCUAUUGUUCAGGUUCAAUCGUACCCUUAUGCCCACCUUACGAGCAUAUCGUAUCAUUAUUAAUCGUCCUAGCAUUCAUUCUGACAUUGGUGUUACUCUGGCAUAUGUUGUUGAUAUGCUCCCAACUUCAUGAUUUCACUCGUUAUCUAAUUUCAUGUACAAUGCACAUCGUUCUCAGCUGUAGGAAAUGCUUGCCAUUAUA